CGGUCAACGCUGGACUGUUGAAUUUGCAUUAUGGCACUUCUCAGAGGUGUAUUUAUUGUAGCUGCCAAGCGCAUUCCAUUUGGUUCCUACGGUGGAGCACUGAAGGAGCACAGUGUAAUAGACUUGGCUGUGUAUGCAGCCAAAUCUGCCCUCGCUGCAGGGGGUGUGGCCCCAGAGCUUGUAAACAGUGUCAUCGUGGGAAAUGUCAUUCAGAGCUUAGCCGAGAUGCCUUACAUCGCUCGUCACGUGAGUCUGAGGUGCGGUGUACCAAUCCCAGUGCCUUCUUUCACUGUGAACAGACUGUGUGGCUCUGGUUUUCAGUCCAUCAUCAGUGGUGCUCAGGAGAUUUCCCUCAGGGAGUCAGAGGUGGUCCUGUGUGCAGGUUCAGAGAAUAUGAGCCAGGCUCCCUAUAGUCUUCGCAACAUGCGAUUUGGUGCAACAUUUGGAGUUGAUCUAGAGCUAGAGGAUGCUGUGUGGGCUGCGCUGACUGACCUGCAUAUCAAAGCCCCAAUGGGCAUCACAGCAGAAAAUCUGGCAGAGAAAUACGAGAUCACCCGAGAAGACUGUGACAACUAUGCAUACCAGACUCAACAAAAGUGGAAGGCAGCUCAUGAGGGUGGUUACUACACAGCAGAAAUUGCUCCUAUUGAGGUGAAAACUAAGAAAGGCAAAGAGCUCAUGACUCAUGAUGAGCAUCCUCGGCCUGAAACCACACUGGAACAAAUGGCCAAAACUACCUCCUGUCUUCAAAAGGAAGGGACCGUUACUGCUGCUAACGCCUCUGGUAUAUCUGAUGGUGCUGCUGCUUUGGUGAUUUCAAGUGAGGAUGCUCUGAAGGAACACAAGCUCACUCCCCUGGCCAGAAUCGUGGCCUAUCAUGUGACAGGUUGUGACCCAAGCAUCAUGGGAAUAGGUCCUGUCCUAGCAGUCACAGAGCUCUUAAAAAAGCCGGUUUGA